AUGCCCUUGGUCAUCUGUGGGAGGGAACUCUUCGCAGAUUUUCUGGUGAUAGAUUUGCCGAGCUUUGAUGCAGUUUUUAGGAUGGAUUGGUUGGGGUCGUUCUUUGCCACCAUUGAUUGUCGUCGUCGGAGCGUAGUAUUUGAGAUACCGGAUCACUCGAGGUUUGAAUUCCUCAGUAGUAGUACAUCGGCUGGACCGGAAGAGUACAGAGCUAGACCGAAGAAGGCAACGUUUGCUGCCAUGCAGGUGGAACCCGAGAAGCCAAUUGUAGUUCGGAAAUUUGAAGAUGUGUUUCCCGAUGAUAUUUACGGAUUACCACCGGAUCGAGCAAUUGGGUUUUCCAUAGAACUGAAGCCUGGAGUUGCUCCGAUCUCCAAGACCCCUUAUCGUAUGCCUCCGGCUGAGUUGACCGAGCUUUGGACUCAGUUGGAUGAUCUUAUGCAAAGAGGCUUGAUAUGA